AAUUGUUUUGGGGGGUUUCCACCAAAUUUUAGUUUGUGCCCAUGAGCGUAGUCUCAAAGAAGGCCAAAAAUAGUAAUCACAUUUUACGCGUCCCUAUACUAACCCUCCGAGCUGAUCAGAUUCACUAUCUUAGCUCUUUACCUUCUGAUCGGGACCAUCAUUCACCGAUAUCCAACCCCCAGUAUACUCGGAAAUGGGGAAGUCGCAGAAGAAACGGUCGAUGCGUCGACACAAUCCCAUGCGGGUGCCAGAUUCACAUCUUCCAAAAGGUCUGGAAUCAGCGGCUUCAUCCUCACCGAAAAAUGAAGCAGUAUUGCCUAUCAUCCAAAAGUUGGAGAGCCCAGACGCUUCUGAACGCAAGUGGGCAUGCGUCGCGGUGUCCAAUCUCAUACAAAACGAUCCAUCCACGCGACGGUUAUUGCAGGGAAAAAAUGUGGUCGGAGCGCUCAUUACGCGCCUAUCUGAUAGUGAGGAGGAAGUUUGGAUCGAAGCCGCUGGGGCAUUAAGGUGUGCAAUCUCCCCCGGUCUCCAAGAUUUCUACUGCCCUACAUUCUUGUUCCUCAGAAAUUUGUGCAUUGAUGGAGGGUACGAUAUAUGCGCCGAGAUGUACAAUAAAAAUAUACUGGCUCCCCUUAAAACAUUUGUGCCGAAGAUAUCAAGUGCACUCUCACAGUUCCUGGAGUCACCGAAGACAGCUCCAGAAAACGCUCAAAAAGUAGUGUAUGAAUUUACCGAGAAUGUGAAUACUAUACUCUGGUGUCUUUCGGAGACAUCCAACAAGGCUCUCAAUGCUAUCAACCAAAUUAGCCUUGUUCCGUUUUUGAUGUCCUUCCUGGCCGCUCGAGCAAAAUUGCCCAUAGCUACCGUUACUGCCGCAGCGCAAUGUCUGUACGUCUUGACGGAUGACAAUCAGCCAGCAAUAGAUGAGCUACGGUCAAAUGCGGUGUACAGCACGUGUUUACUCGAAAUUGUACACAACAAAGGCAGUUUAUCGGACAAGGACAGGGAAGUAUUUGGGGAUAGGUUGACCAUGUUGAAGGUGUUGUCAAGCGGCAUCCUGAGUAACGUUUCACCUUUGCCUGGUGCCGCAUCAGGAGUCGAUGUUGGCAAGGAGAUUGUACUUCCACUGCUCCAGCCAGUGGUGGCUUCUGUGUCUCUUACUGAGUCAUCAGCGCUGGCUGAGAGUCUGGUGACAAAAAUAGCGCUGGAACCUCCUCAGAUAGAAAAAUUAUCCCUAAAAAACGCUCCACAGUCAGAUCACAGGUCUGAUACCGAGGUCGAACUUGACCGUUUGGAGAACAAAUUGCGCACAGUCCAGCUCGCACUAGAAAUUCUAACCGGGGUGUGUGCAACAUUACCUGACCCCACUUCCGAGGCGCAGGAAGGUGUACCUGAUGCAGAGGAAGAUGACGAAGAAGAGGAUGUGACAGAUGAUAUGGCCCUCGACGAUACCCCGAUCACCAAUGGCACAACAACCGCAAGUCAUCUGCCUGCGCUCGUAGAACCUCUCAUCACCCUUAUCCAACCCGUCAGGUUAUCAUUUCCUCCUGCAGCUGGGCAAUCCCUUCACCCACCUACAACAUCGGUACUGAGUGCAAUUCAUGUUAGCGCGCUCGAGUGCUUGAAUAACAUAUUUCUCUCGUUGAGUGCGUCUCCAAACUCUGGAUUAGCCGCGGCGUCCGCGAGUGGAAAACAGAUAUGGGACGGUGUGUGGGCAGCACUUGGGAGUGUAGGCACGGAAAUUACACGCAGCCAAGAGCGUAAACAGGAAAUGUGGGAGAUUGGAGUGGGUGUGCUAUGGGGUGUCGGUAAUAUCUGGAAGGGUAGCCUGGUGCCCAACGAAGAACAAGUGCAGCUAUUGAUUCAGCUAUGUAACUCGAGCGCUGAUCUUGCUAUUCGCGUUAAAUGCAUCGGCACACUCGAGUGCCUGGCACAGCAUCCACAGUCUAUUGAUGCCAAUCGCGUUAUCGCAAUGCAUCUGCUUUCCAUCCUCCCAACAUCCACAGCGCCUUCGUCACAUGGCACCGAGCCGCUGAUCCAAACACUGUCCGCUCUCAUAGACAUCUAUUCCGACGAGAAUCUCCCAUACGAUAUUAAUUUCCGGCAAGGCAACUUCCUGCAGCGUCUUGUAGAUAGUGUUGACGGGGUGCGUAAAGCCGUGCGUGCAAUCGAUAGGCGGAAAGAGCGAGAUCUGAAGCUGAGAGGGGAGGAGAUGCGAGACAACUUGGUUGCCUUCAUCAAGUACCGAAGGGCCUUGAAAUUUUAA